AUGGAAAAACCUGAUAGUCAUGGAUAUGUUAACAUAACUUGGCCAAGCAAGUCUAUUCCCCAUGGAGGAAUAUUUCAUACAAGGACUGUAAGCCCGUCCGCAGCACAACAAGAAUUUUUAAAAGUUUUACUGGAAGAAUCUAAGUUGAGUAUUUCCCAGCGUCAAAAAGGUGCUUUUGCUUUACGCCAGGAAGACGAAUUUCCGAAAAAGAAAAUAAAAGUAGAAGUUCCACUUGUCCGACCGCGGACCUCACGUCGUCGGUCGCUGUCGGCAAUAAGAGAAUCGGAAGCCUCUAAUGUAGAAAUAUAUUGUCCUCUUAAGCGAGGAGAAGAUCGAGAGAAAUUAAAAGAAAGACUCGCCAAUACGAUGACUUAUGGAGAUAUGGAGCAGAAACCACCAGCUCUUCCACAACUUCUGAGACAAAAGCCUAACUUACCAACUAAAAAAGAACAGUGGAAUGAUUUGGUGACUCAAAUUCGAGAACGAGCAGAAUGGUUAGCAGACAUGGAAGAUCUAGGGCAUGCUGGUCCACAUAGAGAACUGAUUAAAGAUCAGAUCGCUGAACGGAUGAGAGCUCUUGACGCUAUUGGCAUUGACAGCUGCUGCUCAUCUGCCAGGUCUACUAAAUCUGGGUUCAGUGUCGUUCCAAGUGUGCAUAGUGUCCACUCUAAUGGAAGCAAAUAUUCUAAGACAUCCAAUAAUAUUCAGAAGAAUCUGAAGCCAAAAUCAAACAUCACUAAAUUAACCAAAAAACUUGAAGAAAAUGUUGCUGCUUAUGAACAGUUAUCACCAUUACAAUAUUCGCCAAGGCGUCGUGUAUGAGCUCUUAAUAAAACUAAUAAAUAUCAAACUUUAA